AAAUUAUCUAUAUUAUUUGAUAUUUGUGAAGGUCUUAAAGAGAUUCAUGAAAAUAAAAUGGUUCAUCAUGAUUUUCAUACAGGAAAUAUAUUAUUUGCGUAUCAAGAUGAACGUGAUAUAUAUAUUUCAGAUAUGGGUUUAUGUGGAGAAGUUUCAGAAGUUGAUAAUAAUACAAAUGAAUCGAAAAUUUAUGGAGUUAUGCCUUAUGUAGCUCCUGAAGUAUUAUACGGAAAACCUUAUACUCAGCCAGCUGAUAUAUACAGCUUUGGUAUGAUUAUGUAUUUUAUAGCAACUGGAAGAAGACCUUUUUUUGAUUGUGCUCAUGGAGAUAAUUUAGUAUUAAACAUAUGUGGUGGAAUUAGACCAGAAAUAAAUGAGCCAGAAGCGCCAAAAUGUUAUAUUGAUUUAAUGAAAAAGUGUUGGGAUUCAAAUCCAAAUAAUAGACCAAAUGCUGAUGAAAUUCAGGAAUCGAUU